AGAAUGGGAUUGGCCGUUCCCAUUUUCCUUCGCGGUGAUCCGGCAGAAACGUGCCGCUCAGUCGCAAUCCAUGUUGGACCCUCAUAGUCCACGCCUAGCUGCCUCUGGUCUUGGGUUUGAGUCAUAGCGUCAAUCCGAUGGCCAUUGCCUUUCUCAGCACUGUGAUCGCUGCGGCGACAGCAGUCAGAAGGGCAGCCCAGAGCACCAUUAUCUGAUCCCAAAUGACAGCGAAGAGCGGGCACGAACACCCACACUGCCGGAUGACAAAGAGUACCACUGAGCUCGAACCAGCGGAUACUGAGCCACGCCUUCGGCCCCAGAGCCUAUGCGACGUCGCCUCCAGUCGUGGGGUUGAUCCACAACUGAGGUCCGCCAGCUGCCGCCUCGCGCAACACCCUGAUCACCAUGACGACAGCGAUCCAGCGAGUGACGGAGAACGCCAUCCUCUCGUUCCAGAAGACAGAGAGCAGGAUGACGAUGGCACCCCCGCCCUCCAAAACCGUCGAGCUGCGUCCAGAUCGACCAGUGAGAAGACAAUGCAGCAGCAGAGCAACCUGGCUCUGGCGACAGAAGCUUCGCCGGUGAAGUCUGGGGGGAUCGUCACCCCCGGCACUGGGGCGACGCGUCGGAAACAUGCGUCGUUCGGCCGCGACGUAAAGCAAGGCUCUGGAACAACGAGAGCUAGUACCACCGAAUUGCCCGACGUGAAGAAGGUCGACCUUCAGCAGAACCCCGGUCGUUAUCGACGGCGGCGUCAUUGCGAUACUGAUGGCAAGGAGGAGUGCUUUCUUAGUGUGGAAAGUGGCGUGAAGCAAGGCAAAGAUGGGGAUGUCAUUCAGCUGCCACAAGGGAAGCGCCGCAAGGCACGUCUUCGCAAAAACUCCCUAUCGCUACAGGCUCAACAACCACCACCAACCCAAGGUCCAAAGCGCCGCCAAAGACAGCACAGGAAUUCCAGGCCGCAAUCUUCAGGGGUGUCGACUUUGGAAGAGGGGGCACUUGAAGCCGAUUUCGCAAGCUUUGAGGAAUGGCCACUUGAAGCGGUCCUCAAGCGCGUUCGGGUGGGCGGGGCAGCGACGUUUCAGGUGGAGUUCACGUGGAAUCUUUGUACGAAUCAUGGCACGAAUCCAUGGCCAAUAUGACCGUGUAUUCGAAAUCCUAUGGUGCAAGUCACUAGGAGGAAGGUAUUUCUUGACGGCACGUGCCCUCUCUUCAAGAGUUACCCCAUCGACUGAGAAGGUUCAAGGCGACGAGUAUUAUAACGUCGAGGAGAUUUUGAGUGAAGACAGGGAGAAAAGGGAUUGGAGUACCUGGUCAAGUGGGCUGGGUAUGGGAAGAAGUACAAUUCUUAGGAACCCACUACCCAUUUCGAGGAAUAUCCUGAGGUACUAGAGGAAUUCCACCAGAAGGUGAGAUUGUCCGUGGCUCCUUUGUAAAUUCUGAACCGAAUUCUACGCGGGGCGCCUUAUGAGUCGUCGGUGGAUGAAAUAGAGGAGAUAUUAUGCGUGCUUCACGUGACGUUAACACAUGAGGUUGGGCCGAAUACGUACUCUUGAGUGGGAGC